GGGAGAUGAGAGAGAGCGUGGCGACAGGAGGCGUGGACCAGUAUGUUUUAACUGCAAUGAGGUCGGCCAUUAUGCCAACCAGUGCUCAAGACCCAGGAGGUAUAUGGGAGCGUCUCGACCGUCGACGUCCUCGGAGUCAAGGCGAUCAAGGUCCCCGUGGGGAGGAGAUUGGAGACGCGAACCCGCAGUACAGCUAGACCUAAGGGUGAAGCACCAAAUCAGUGAUCUGGGGAAGAGUGUUCCAGCGAUGCAACAACAUUUCGAGGAGGAACGCAUUCGAAAAGAGAAUCAACUACGCCGCAAGCAGGAAAAGGAGGAAGAAAAACGGCAAGCAGAGGAAGCGAGAGCUCGGGAGGAUGAGGAACGAGCUAUCAGAGACGCGAAGGCCCAGAAGAAGGAGCGACUGAGGCGGGAAGUCGAAAGCCGGGCGGAACUGAAGAAGGACUUGGAUAUGCAAUUGGCGUUGCAGGUAAGUGAGAUGGAGGAUAAAUUUGUACAACGCCUGCGUAAGGCUGUGGAGGAACUACAAAAGUUGCCGAGUGGGAAGGGCAAGGAAGUGAAGCAGCCCUCGGAUACGGAUGAUAGUGAUAGUGGGAGUGAAGCAAGUGUUACGCAGGAAUUGAGUGAGAAGACAGCGGGUCUGGUUAUCUCGAAGAAACGGAAGAGAGGGAAGGAGAAGGUGGGGCGGGACAGCCCACCGAGGGAGUCACCGGCCAAACGUACGCCGGGACAGCGUCGCAAGCAAGCGACCUAUGCCGGGAGGGUGACACGUGCGCAAGCAAAAGUGGUUAAGUCUCCCGGAUCAGCCAAACGAGCCACACCGGUUCGGACGCCGCUAUCUGCCGCAAGGAGGAGAGUAAUGCCGGUUACGCUAGGACUGGCUACUACGGACACAAAGGACGAUCUGGCGAGAUAUAAGUAUCGCAACUUGGUGAUGAUGGGUUUGAAGCAGCUGGAUGCCAAUGAGCUCCAACGGAUUUGCCGGGACAAAGGGAUCACAUAAGAUGGGAAGAUUGAUGCGAUAUCGCCGAUCAUCGCACUUACUUGCACUUUGGGGAGGAGCGGGCACCGCCGAAACCGAUCGA